UGUGUUUUCUCCUUGCCCAGCAUUUUUCCGCGAUUCCAGCUAAAAAUCAGGAAAAUAACUUAAAGGAGCCAUAUUAGGCAAAAUUAAAGCCGCCUGUUAAGUUCAAGCGCAAGAACAAUGAAGAAAGUAUUGAUGGUUGCGGAGAAGCCGUCGCUGGCUGGCUCACUCGCCUCAAUCCUAUCCAAUGGGCGAAGCACGACGAAAAAAGCAUCCAGUAAUUCCUGCUCAACUCAUGAAUGGGUUGGUCCAUUCCGCGAUGAACGCAGCGUAUUGUUUCGCAUGACGUCAGUCUGCGGUCACGUCAUGUCGCUCGAUUUUGUUGGCAAAUACAACUCUUGGGAUCGCGUGGAUCCGGCAGAGCUAUUCGGCUGUCCCACUGAAAAGAAAGAAGCCAAUCCCAAGCAGCAUAUGCGUUCAUUUCUGGCGAAUGAAGCGAAAGGCUGCGAUUAUUUAGUACUAUGGCUCGAUUGUGAUAAAGAGGGCGAGAAUAUUUGUUACGAAGUUAUGGAUGCGGUAUCGCGUGUAAUACCAAAUGUAUACAGCCGGAAUGUAACAUAUCGCGCUCACUUUUCUGCCAUUACCGAGAAGGAUAUCAAAGGCGCUAUGGAAACGCUUGGUUAUCCCAACGAAAACGAAUCAAAAUCUGUGGAUGCGCGGCAAGAGCUGGACUUACGCAUUGGUUGUGCGUUUACACGCUUUCAAACGAAAUUUUUCCAAGGACGUUAUGGCGAUUUGGACUCAUCGCUGAUAUCAUAUGGACCUUGUCAAACGCCUACGCUGGGAUUUUGUGUGAAGCGGCAUGAUGAUAUACAAACGUUUAAACCUGAGAGUUUUUGGUAUCUGCAAUUACUGGCUGGUCAGCCAGAAGUCACGCUGGAAUGGUCGCGUGUACGAGUAUUCAAAAAAGAGAUUGCCAUGAUGCUGAUGCAGCGCGUGAAGGAGCAAAAGGAAGCGCUGGUUGAGAGUGUGACUACUAAAGAACAGUUCAAGGGACGUCCACAAGCGUUGAACACAGUAGAAUUGAUGCGUAUUGCAAGUUCAGGAUUAGGUAUAGGACCCUUUCAAGCCAUGCAAAUCGCCGAGCGAUUAUACACGCAGGGCUAUAUCAGUUAUCCGCGUACAGAAACCAAUCAGUAUCCCGAAAAUUUCGAUUUGCACGCCGUUUUGCGUCUGUUGCAACCCUCCUCCGAAUUUGGCGACGAGGCACGCAGCAUAUUGGGCGAUUUCAAUUCGCCACGCAAAGGUAAAGACGCUGGCGACCAUCCACCGAUCACGCCCAUGAAGCUGGCCAGUCGUGGCGAUUUCGAUAAGGACACCUGGCGUGUAUACGACUUCAUUUGCCGUCAUUUUCUUGGCACCGUGUCACGCGACUUGAAGUACCGCACCACCACCGCUAAAUUGCGCGUUGGCAUGGAGACCUUCACCUUCACCGCGAACGUAUUAAUCGACCCGGGUUAUACUAAAGUGAUGACUUGGCAGGCAUUCGGACGCGAUGAGGCUUUACCACCCUUUGUGGAGGGUGAAAAAGUUGCUAUUAACGAUGUACGUAUGGCUGAAUCUCAGACAGGCCCACCGGAUUACCUCACCGAGGCUGAGUUGAUUACACUCAUGGAACAGCAUGGCAUUGGUACAGAUGCCUCCAUACCAGUGCACAUCAACAACAUUUCGCAGCGAAAUUAUGUGCGCAUUGAGACGGGACGUAAACUCAUACCCACAACUCUGGGUAUAGUGCUGGUGCAUGGAUAUCAAAAGAUCGAUCCUGAGCUCGUCUUGCCCACUAUGCGCUCCGAAGUGGAACGUAUGCUGAAUUUGAUUUCCAAGGGUUCAGCGGAUUUCCAUGCUGUGCUGCGACAUGCCAUUGAAAUUUUCCGCUUGAAGUUUUUGUAUUUCGUUAAAAAUAUUGCCAGCAUGGACAGCCUGUUCGAGGUGUCCUUCUCGCCAUUGGCCGAAACGGGCAAAGCGCAUUCGCGUUGCGGCAAAUGUCGACGUUACAUGAAAUACAUACAAACAAAACCUGCACGCCUGCAUUGCUCGCAGUGCGACGAAACCUACUCGCUGCCGAAUGGCGGCAAUGUCAAAGUUUAUCGCGAGUUCAAAUGUCCGCUAGACGAUUUCGAGUUACUGGCUUUUACAACAGGCGCAAAAGGACGUUCAUACCCAUUCUGUCCAUACUGCUUUAACCAUCCGCCAUUCAGGGAUAUGCCCAAAAAUGGUGGCUGCAAUUCCUGCACGCAUCCAACCUGCCCGCAUUCGCUUAAUACGCUGGGUAUUUCCAGUUGCGUGGAGUGUGAACAUGGCAUACUUGUACUGGAUUGCACCUUAGCGCCUAGUUGGAAAUUAGGCUGCAAUCGCUGCGAUGUCAUUAUCAAUUGUUUCAAGGGCGCCACCAAAGUGACGGUGGAAGAACAAAAGUGCACGGAAUGUGGCGCACAGCUAGUCAAUGUGGUCUACAAGUCGGAUAAAACGAAAUUCAAAGAUAGUAGCGAAGAAAAAAGUGGCUGCGUUUUUUGCUCGGCCGACUUUGCGCAUUUGGUGGAGAAACAUCGUGCGGUGGCAUCGCGGCCAGUAAACGUGCGCGGUGGUGGACGUGGCGGUGGGCGUGGUGGUGUCAAAGUUGGACGUGGUGGUGCUGGCGGCGGAAGAGGCGGGCGCGGUGCAAGACAACCAAGGGAUAAAAUGGCACAGUUAGCAGCAUAUUUCGUUUAAGUAUUAAUUGUGUGUUCUUUACAAGCAAUGUGGAAAAGCAUUAUACAAAAAUCAGUAGCUAAUGAAUUGUACAAUUUCAUCGUAUGACUUUUUAUAUAUGUACAUAUAUUCCUACAAAUAUAAAAGUUGUGUACAUACAUGUAUCCUUGAAAGUGGAUGUAUGUAAGUUUAAUGUGUACGUACUUUUAAUUGCAUUUAUUAAAAAUGAAACAAAAAAUUUAUUUAAAUAACAUUAGUAAAUGUAUGUGAAAAUACGUAAAAAGCACUAAGAAAAGCAUUUAAUUAUCGAGAAUUGUGCAUCAAAAAACUGCAAGCCAUAGAAAAAUUAAAGAACCGAUUAUGAAGAACGAAAA